GUUACGGCCCUGAGUACUUGUGAACGUACGCGACUCACGAAGUGGGUAGCAGUCGUUCGUCGUCAGCCAAAGGAUGCAGAACGUAUGUUCGAGUUACCUACAAUUUUUCGAUUUCGAUUGCAUUUAAAUCAAUGUCACAACCGGUUAACGUGUUCCUAUUUUAUUGUUAUUUUCAUCUACGAAUAAAUUUUUGAGUACGUGAAAAACGCGCGGAUGCGCAAUAUACGUUGGAAAAAGUCGCGUGCGCUAAUCAAAGGAAACAACAAAACAGCAGCACAAAAAGGGAGGAAUUUGGUGGUGAAGGUGGCGGAAAAAGAAAGUGACGACGACGACGACGACGACAAGGUGGAGGAGGAGGAGGAAGAGGAUGAAGAGGGAGAUGGGGUGGUAGGAUGCUGGGCGGUGUCAGGGAAAAUGAGAAACAACGGCGACGACGACAACGUUUACCUCGGUUCGGUUAAGCUCGGUCGAGUUCGGUUUAAUCUCACGAACAUGACCUAACCUCUGUGUCCUACUGCGUACCCAUCGUGCGCGUAUUUAGACUCCUUUUUUUUUAUUUUUUUUGUUUGUCUAUGUUACUAUUUGUUUGAUCGAAAUAAAUACAGGUGUGAGAUAGAUUGCGAAAGGAAAAUAAAAAAAAAGUUUAUUAAUUAAAUCGAAAAACCGCAAAUCUGGCGAACCUGGGGAAUCUCGCGAGUUGCGUUUCUACGAUGAUAGACGACGAGGAACAAGAAGAGUUACGUUGUACCGGAAGUGACGUUGAAAUAGAGGAAUACACGGAUACGGAAGAGUCACCGUAUGUUGUCGGUGCUGCUUAUCGUACCAGUUCUGAAAAAAUUUUCGAUAAAAGUAGAGCUACAUGGCAAAAAUGUACCUUUCUAAUCACCCUAUUUACCGUGGUUACAUCCGUAACAGUUCUUGUUAUCGGUUUUCCACUAUAUCUUGAAAGCAUCAGUGCCGUAUCUAAUGGUUACACUGGUCUUCUCUUCAGUGCUUUCGGUUCUGCUUGUAUCCUCGGUUUCGUUUACUUCGUAAACGAUAAAAUUUCUCCACCUCCACCUUUGGUACCAAAUUCUAUGAGAAUAAGAAUACCACGUUGCAUGCUUAUCAAAAUAAGCACAAUUUAUGCACUUUCUGGUAUUCUCGUUGCCCUAUCACUCGAUCAAAAUCGAGUUCUUUGUCAUCUGCAGGAUCCUAUCAAAGGCAUAACUCUACUUUUCUCUCUGGUUUAUUAUUUCUUCUUCUCUCGCAAAAUGAUGAGCCUUCAACGAAUAUUUGCAAGCACUACGAUAAUAGUAGGACUGUUUAUAAGCGUUGACUAUGGUCUUUGCGAUGAAUUUCGUUGUAGAGGAAGAGAAGUGUCAGCUCAUACAGCAACGAUGAGAGGAUCCUGGGGGGUCAGAGCUGUCUGGACGUUCGUUUACGUUGGUGCACUUGCCGCUUUUGCCAUGUUCUUCACAAUGCUCGAGCGCCAUUAUACGACUGGGCAACAACACAUUUGUCAAUUAUUGACAACACAACCAAAUUCUUUUCUUUACACCGUAUCACGUUUGGUAUCUUCUCGUGACAUUCGACGAAGAGGAUCGGAAGAGGAAGGUGGAAGAUUGUUACACGUUACAGAUCCGGAUCCAACGAUAAAGCCCAAAAAUUAUCCAAAACCGCCAAUACUUCAGACUCUUUUUCACGUACAUGUGAUCACAUUUUUUGCGAUUCUUACAUUGUGUUGGUUGGAUACGUUGCCUGGCAUUGGUAGGGGACUUUCACCAGUCGACUUGUACCGUACCGUUGAACACGGUUUAUCCUGCCACUUUAAAACAGUCGACUCUUGCUCAAACGUAUCCAGCCAUGCUUGGAUUUGUCUAUUAGCUUACGUAGUAUUUGUAAUAUCGUCCCUUAACUUUCUGUCGAUGUGCGAAAGUGCAGUCUUUACUGUCGCUGCAGCUACAGUUUCUCUUCCUCUCUCUGGCAUUUGGUGGAGUAUUUACAAAAUGAACGUUAGUGCUAACGGCGGUUUUAUCGUAUGGUCACCUGGAGUAACAGGCGAAUUAAUUUGCGCAUUACUUGGUCUUCCCGUUGUACUUCUUGGUUUGGGUUUACUCGUCAGAUCUCACUUCAGGGAUACUCAAGCUUUUUAUCAAACUAUACAACCACCUGAUAUACAACGUGAUUGUCACAGAUAAAUCCUUCCUAAGGUAUUGGUAUCUUUUUCACGCACAUAUAUAUAUAUAUAUAUAAAGUGCAUCAAUAGUAAAGAAAAAUAAAAAAGAUAAUAAAUCGAUCUGUAAACAUACGCACACAUACGACGAUUAUCUUACGUCUUACAAUUUUUUGAAAAAAAAAAAUAUUUAAAAAAAAAAGAAAGGAAGAAAAAAAAUGGAAGGAAUGAUGAAAAUGGUUCUACUGUUAAUUAAAAGUGGAUCGAUUUUUCCUAUCUAACGCCAAACACAUAAGCAAAAGUAUCCGUCGAAGCCGCAGAACGUUAUUGCUAGUUUAUAUUUUAUUUUGAUAUAACGAAACAUUCUGAAGGAAAAAAUAAAAUGAAGAAGAACAAAAAUAUAUAUAUAUAUAUACUAUAUAGAAAAAACAAUAAAAAAGAAAGAUAGAAAAACAGGAAAAAAACAGUGAGAAGAGCAGAAAUAUAUCUAGUGAAAGUAAAUAUAAAAAAAAAAUACAAAAAAAAAUUACAAAAUAAUAAGACGACAAAAAAAGAAAUAAGGAGGAACUACUUUUGUAGGAAAUAAAACAAAAUAAAAAAAUAUUAUGCACGGCUCGUGUGUUUCUAGCAAAACUGAAAGUUUCGUACUUUGAUGUACCUUUAGAUUUCACGUUUUUCUUUUCGCAGUAUAUAUGUAAUA